UCUCAUAUAAUCGUAGCUUCUGACAGGAAGGAGAGCAACUAUUUCUCAUACAAAAGUUAUUAGUGUCAGACUCAGUACUUAGUUUUGUUCAAAAUGAUAUAUAUCAUAACUAGCAUAUUUAUAUAACUGCAUACAUUGCCAGUGACAACUCUUUGAUUGGUCUCACUCUUAUAACAUAAGGAAGUUUUACAAGGAUCAUCGGGAGUGGAUUAGAUAUACGGAGUAUAGAGUUAUUAUUAAUGUUCAGUGCUUUUAAGUUGGUGAUGGUGACUUUUUACCGAAAUGAUCAUCUGAACCGUAGCUGAAUAUAAUACCAAGAUGUCGGAUAUCGUGCUUCAAGAUUUUUUCAAUGAUGUAAAGAAAAUGACAAAGGAGUUUGAAUACUUUGAUGCAAGAGUAAAAGCGGCGACGCAUAAGGGUGAAGACACUGACUUCUUAGAUAAUCUAUAUAAGCAUAAGAACGAAAUUGAAAUAUUGAAAAAAUCGACAGAAAUUUUGCUACAGCGAAUGGAGAAUGACAACGAAUUACGUGACCACAGGGGACGUAAAAAGGUUGACAGUGGCAUUGUUCCCGCAGACUCCGCUUUACUUGGUCAAAAGGUUGACAGUGGCAUUGUUUCCGCAGACUCCGCUUUACUUGAACCUCCACCACCAAUUCAGGAAACAGAAUGUCCUUACCCAACUCCAUCUGAGCACUUUGACUUGUCACCAUCACCAAAGAGUUUAUCCGAUGAGGAGGGAGCUUCCUGUAGCAGCGCAUAAUAAUGUCAUCCAUACGCAAUGAGGAAGAUACAGCUACAUUCAAAUCAUAUUUCUAACAAAAGGAGGGUUUGGAAAUAUUAUUACAAAUCAUGCAAUACAGACUUUAAAUAAAGAGAACGGGGUGUUGUUUGUUUGGAGAAUAUUCAAUGGUCUAAGUGUUUCCUAUUUUAAGUGAAUGCUUUAGUGGAAACCUAAUUAUAUUAUACGAACCACCCAACAACUGUUGUUAUAGAUAUAUUGGUAUCCGUCUCCAACAAAGACAGACAUAAUCAAAUUAGAUUACAACUGAUGUGAUACAGCCAUUUACUGUUUCUACUGUAGUGCUAAUGAGGAACGUCGACUUGGAUAGGCCUAGUCAAACGGUUCUCAUUAUAUCUCUGAUGUUAUACCCCAGUGGGAAAAACACUAUACUCGUCUGAUCGGAAGGAUCAAUCAUCACCGAUGGUAUGUAAUCCAUCCCGUCCACAGUUAGGUAAAAACAAUGUGUAGAACUUCGAUUUAUAUGAGAAAUGUUGAUAUAUAUAAAGUUUGUUGAAUAUUAACUUUUUCUCAACGAAGGAAUCGUAAGAUAGUGCUUGGAUGAAAUUACCUGAAACUCUACUUAAGUAUAACUAAUUAACAAUAAACUGAAGUCUGAUGUAUCCAACCGAUUUAGUUUGGAGUAUUUGACUUAUUGAAAAUUUCGAAAACAAAUAUCCAUCUUAUUGUAUUACAAUCAAUCAACAACAGAUGUAGACGCACCAAAAUACAAUUUUUCGUGAACAUUUCUUCGAAUAUUUGAAAAAAAACGUCAGCUGAUCAAGAUUUGACUAAGUGGAAAUAUGAAUACUUAAAAUAGGUUUGCCAGUUUUGCUCUAUUUUUUGUUAUACAUGUAUUGCCAGGGACACAGUCCUUACGUUACUCAUACAGGAUUUUGUGAUACUUAACUUUGUUUUCAAACCCGCGGGCAUGUGCCUUUAAACCACUUCAAUUUGAAUUGUUUAUUGAUUUGUUUUUUCCCGGUAAUGUUGAAGUUUGCGUUAUUUUGCUUUUUUAUUUCAUUUGUUAACAUUCAUAUCUCAUCAUUAACAAGACAAAAGAACUCGAGGGCAUUCAUUCUGCAUGGACAAAUCAAGAAGUAGAUUAGACUUCGUAAAUACUCGUUUACUCAGCGUGUAGUCAGCAGCUGGAACUCCUUACCCGAGAACGUGGUCCAAUCACCGAAUAUUAUAACAUGAUAAGGUUUUGGACACUGGCGACAGGAUGUUUACAAUAACACCCGAGUGAUGUCACACACACUAUAGUACAUGUAUAUAGUUAUCAUUUGAAGGACUGUGAUCUGAAUAUAGAUGCAAAUGUAUAUGUCUGCGUUCAGAAUAAUCUAAGUUAAUCUAAUCUAAGUUAAUUAAUCAGUAAUACAAAUUUGAGGUCAUUUCUAUCAGGCAUGAAGCCCAUGGUGCUUGACUGAAUACGUUUUCAUUGGUAAUAGCAUAUACAUGUAUGUUUCUUAUCUCAUGUUGUAUACGUGAAAGAGAUCAUGGUCUAUGAGAUAAAUCAUUUAGAGUACAAACUAUAUGUAAGAUGAAGUUUGAAAUAUUUUCAUAACUGAAUAAAAUACCUUUAAACUAAAGGUUUUAUUCAGUCAAAUAUUUUUGAGUUUAUGAAACAAAUCAUCCUGGAUUAAACAAAUUAGAUAGUAUACGAAUGAAAAGUGUAACGAAAGCGACACCUGGUUUCAACGUAUAUCAACACGUAUCAUGUCUUUCACUUGAGUCAUUGUCUACCUUUUACGUCUGUAUUGGUCAUAAGAAUGGGCAUAAUGAUAUGCCUUAAAUGCAGCUUGCCAUGCAAUAGACCAAUGUCCUAUGCGGUGCUUCAUACAAUGCAAUAUGAAAUAUAAACUGUUUUUGUAAUUACGUUUUUACUAUGUGAGUGAAACCUUAUGCCAAAUUUGACGUAGAUAUCACCGGCCAUUCCCUUUGUCAUUCUUCCCGAAGUGCUUUUUUAUUAAACUUAUUAAUCUGUCUAUAAAGACAACAAUUUUAUAAAGAAGAGUUUUGCUUUAGUUUAAUAUAAAUUUUCCUCUCUUAUCAAUCCAAUGCAUUUUGACAUUUAGAAAUAUUCGCAACAUUUCACAUAUUUUGGACUCAUGUUAUCAUGUUGGUUUUAAAAAAGUGGAGAUAUGUUGUUAUAUAAAUUAAAUGAACACCAUAUCAUAGCAAUUACCAGCAGGGUAAUUAUCCUAAAGUAACGUUAUGAAAUUUUCAUACUGGCGAAGGAUGUCCGGUAUCCAUAAAAUAUCAUUAUAAUAAUGUGAUAAUUCAUUGAAUAUCCCCGACUUGCUAUAUUUCAAAAAGGUGUUCCUUACUUCUAAUUUCUAAUAUUUGAUAUAAAGCAUUGAGUAAAACAUUCACAUAUUUAAAUAUAUGUUCGAUUGCAAUCGUUUUGAAUCAAAUGACAGGAAAAUUUGUUUUAAUUCAUUAUUCUAAUUAAGGAAGUUUUAAAUACUAAAACAGUUACCUUCUUGUCUUAUAUGAAUAUUAUUAACUUGACAUGAAUAUCUGUUGACUUACAUAACAUUGGCUAACUUACGUAAGGGGAUGAACCAAGUGCUUAAUGUUAUUGUUGUGUUCGACAGGAAUUUUUUUUAUUCUUCGCUACAUCAUUGUUAUCCCUGUGACAGAUUGCCCUGGUACAAGUGAUGAUUCUGUACAUGGUUUAUAGGACAUAUUAACAGUGUCUUAUUUUUGGCAGCCGCAGCAGCUGUUUAAUGCGCUACAUUUUGUUGUAUAUUAUUUUUUUGUGGCUGAAAUUCGUUAUCAAAAUACACAAUGAGAUUAACUUCGUAAAUAAAUAUUUUAUAAAUUGUUUGAAUAAGACUGGUAACCAAUUAUUCACGGGAUAAAUCAUUUGGGGCUAUUUCUGAAGGAAUUGUAUGAGAUAUUUGCGUUUUAAAUGAAUUUGUUCUUGUUUAAUAUGCGAAUGCAAACCCUUUCGAGCAUGUCAUUUGUAGCGCAAUUGCAAGAACCAAUCAUUUUCUAAAAUUAAGUACUCAACAGUAUCAGAAAAAAAAUGAUUGCGAUAACAUUAAACAGUAGUUAUCGCAGUUAUUCAAACUACCUACAACAUUAACGUCAUGUAACAUAAUUACAAAAACACAUAUGUGUUAGCAAUAUCAUUGACUGUUUUAAGUGGUUAUCUGAAAUAAUGAUUCCUGCUAGAGUUUGUGGUAUCAAAAUCUAUAGAGAGAAUAGUGAUUACUUUUGAAGUAUACGUGCAUCUCUGAAGUUUCCGUAAAUAUCACAAGCGCAAGAAAAACUUUACAUUUAAGUACAAGAGAACAUACAUGGUAUAGUUAUGUUCGUUUUUAAUACAUUACAGCAAUGAUUUCAUCAAAAACGCUAUUUAAUACCAAAACAUGCUGGAUCCAAGAGCUUUCCUUUAAUUUUGGAAGGCAAAUAUCCUCUUGAGAAAUAUAUUAUCAUUUUUUUAAAGAAUAAAAUUCAGAUAAAUCCUUUCAACGGUCGCUCUUAGCGAUUUUGAUUUCUCAUGCUUCAGUUUAUCACCAAUACGCUACAUUAUUAACAGUGUGCUGCUACAGAGUUUUUUUUUAUAAUACCCUUUUGUAUUACCUUUGACCUAACAUCUAAGGAAAACAUCUUCAUCCUCAAAAACAAUAACCCUUUUUAAAACAAUCCAUCGACGUGUACUAAAUAACACAAUGUAAGAUUUGUAAAUAUCCGUUAUAUAUUUCAAAAUUAGGAAAACAAAUAAAUGGAACAAAUUGUCUUUCCAAAAGUUUAAUUUUGAAAAGAUUAACUAAUUAAAAGAAUAACAAGUACGUUACAGCGGAUGGGCUCGCCAACACACGACGGUUGUGAUUAUACGAAUUGUUAAAAUAUGUCAUGUUUUUUAUUUUACAAUAGUUGAUAUAUUGUAAAAAUUCUAAUUUUAUAUUAUUAUA